AUGAAGGAAGAAGGUAUCCUCGAACUUUCAUUUGUUUGAUGAGUUGUUGUUGAUCCGUGCGCCCAGAGAUUCAUGUUCAGCUUGUGCAACAACCAUCCCAUCAUCUACCAACCAUACACAAUUUUCGAAGCGGGCAAUCAAAUAUGGAUGAAUCUCAUGACCACGAGACUAUUACGUACGACACGUUCACGCAAUUGCUCAAGUCAUACAAAGACCUUGUUCCGAGCAAGUUAGACGAGCUGGAAGAGCACCGACUCGAGACCAUACCUAAAGCACUAUCGGAAAGGACCGACGACGCGCAUCUCAAAAAGAGUGAAGUGCAAACCUUAGUGGACUGGAAGCUGUACGUUGAAGCGUUGAGAGUCCCACUUCCUUGCACACACUGAUGCUUCCUCGAAUCCUUCAGCGGUCAUGGCACUUUCAGACCUUCUCUGCGCAAGCUUGUCGAAUCAAAUUCAGAUGAGACGGUGGAGCAGUGUACGCGAGAAGCGUUCGAGACUUACGACAAGGACAGCGAUCAGUGGGACAAGGCGGUGGCAAUGUUGGCCAAAGGCCUCCGUGGCGUAGGGCCCGCGACGGCCUCGCUCCUGCUCAACACUUACGACCCUGAGAGAGUGCCGUUCUUUUCCGACGAACUGUUCCGAUGGGUAAUGUUCUCCGGGGGCAA